UUUUGAAAUGAGCGAAGGGUGCACAGGAGGGUAUAGUAGGGAAAAUGCUGGAUUUGAUGUGAAGUAAAGGGGUGAAUAGGUCAUUGCUUGUUAGAUUGAGUAAAGAUAAAGGGUUUUUGAGGUUUUGAAAUGAAUGGUGAGCUCAAAGAUGGGAUGAUGUUCUUGACCAAAACAUUUCUAGUGCUAAAGAUAGAAUAAGCACCCUUCAAAGCAAGAUCUCUUCUUACCAAAACAUUAUUACAGGAUUUCAAAGCAAGAAUUUUGAGAAAGUAGAAAAGCCUUUGUCCUGAGAAAUCCAAGAAUUAGGAAUUAAACUUUUAAAUGCAAAAUCAAAGAGUAUCAGAGGAAUUGAUGACUUCUAUAAUCCUAAAUCAACUAUGACGAUCUAUUUUAAUGAAAAGAGGAAUCUCAAAUUUAUGAAAUGCAUACAAAAGCUCAAAAUUCCAUAUCUCCGGAAGAUUUCAAUGACUUCAAUGUCGAGCAACAAAGCUGGAGUUAAAAAAUUCGUCAAGAAUUCUUUCCUCCAACAAGCAAAAGAAAUAUGGAUUAGCAAUGGAAAUAUACCUGUUGAAGAGGUGGAAGGGAACACGAUAGACAAGUUCUCAAAAGAGAUCAGUUUAAUGAUUCCCAAAGCUUUAAAUAAGGUUACAAUCUACAGGUUUGAUAUCAAUCAGAUUCAGCUCAGAAGAAUUUUCUACCUCUGUAGAGAUAAACAAGAAGUCAAAUUUUCAGGCUGCAAGCUUCAUCUUGAACCUGCCCCUGACCUCUCAAGAUGUUUCUCUAAUUGUACAAUCCAAAAGUUAGAGUUUUAUCUGUGCGGAUGUUCUAAACUAUCAAACUGGGACGAAACUCCCCAAAAACUUGAGCUCUUAAUAAGCUUACUAUCUGAAUCAAAUUCCCUACUGUCCAGCUUAAGACACUUGAUCCUGACUUGUUCCAAUCCUUCGUUUAAAAAUUAUACUCUGACCUGGCCACGAACAGUGCUGGAAGAAAAGUACAUCAUGCCACACAUCCAACUCCGAACCUAACUCCCAAUCCUCUUCUAAAACCAAAAUUCCAUAAACCUCUUCUUC